AUGUCUGCAGUGUGCAUAGCUAACCUAGAGCAAGCAUUAAACAUUUUCAUGGAAAUUGGAAGACUCAGCAUGGCUGCCAGAUAUUGCAAGAUAUCAGAAAGCUAUUUUUCUAGUACUAUCUUUCAGUAUCCUUCAAACCAAUUGCAGCUAUUUGGAAAUGUUCCAGCCAUACAUCAUGUUGAUCGAAAAGAAGUAUCUCAGUUGCAAAGCGUGAUUAAUGGGGGAACUGGAAUUGGAAAUCAUGAAAAUGAUGCUUGGGUGGUGGGAUUUUCGGGAGGCUUCAGAUGGGAAGGGUUUCAAAGAUCAUUUAGUCCAGUUACUGCUGUUAAACGGAUGUCUCAGAAGAAAGAAUAUGAAGUAGCCCUUGUUGGUGCUUUUAGGAGGGAAAAAGAUAAAGACUUGACGUUACAGGUAGUAACCGCUGAAAGCCAGGCUGCCAUGAAAUUGGCGAAACAAAGGGAAGAUGAGAUACAUGGAUUGAAAUUGAGAUUAAGGUUUCGUGAGGCUGCAUUAAAGAGGCUUGAGGGUGUGGAAAAAGUGAGAGAAGUUGAAGGAAACCCUAAUUUUUCCAACAAGGAUGUCGGGUGA